AUGGGGUACAAGACGUAUGUCGCUUCCUCUUCCACCUUCAUCUGGGAUCAGUCAUGGUGCUGCGAAAUCCAGGCCUUGUCGAGGACCAUAAAUUGGCCCAUCACAACAUUUCCUCAAGAUGUGGUCCUAACUGCAGGGAAUAGAGCCCACCUCGAACACCAGCCCACCUCGAACACCAGCCCACCUCAAACCCCAGCCCACCUCGAACCCCAGCCCACCUCGAACCCCAGCCCACCUCGAACCCCAGCCCACCUCGAGCCCCAGCCCACCUCGAACCCCAGCCCACCUCGAACCCCAGCCCAUCCGACCCCCAGCCCACCUCGAACCCAAGCCCACCCGACCCCCAGCCCACCUCGAACCCCAGCCCACCCGAUCCCCAGCCCACCUCGAAACCCAGCCCACCUCGAACCCCAGCCCACCUCGAACCCCAGCCCACCUCGAACCCCAGCCCACCUCGAACCCCAGCCCACCUCUAACCCCACCCACCUGACCCCCAGCCCACCCCGAACCCCAGCCCACCUCGAACCCCAGGCCACCUCGAACUCCAGCCCACCCAAAUCCCAGCCCACCUCGAACCCCAGCCCACCUCGAACCCCAGCCCACCUCGAGCCCCAGCCCACCUCGAACCCCAGCCCACCUCGAACCCCAGCCCACCUCGAACCCCACCCACCUGACCCCCAGCCCACCCCGAACCCCAGCCCACCUCGAACCCCAGCCCACCUCGAACUCCAGCCCACCCAAAUCCCAGCCCACCUCGAACCCCAGCCCACCUCGAACCCCAGCCCACCUCGAACCCCAGCCCACCUCGAGCCCCAGCCCACCUCGAACCCCAGCCCACCUCGAACCCCAGCCAACCCGAACCCCAGCCCACCUCGAACCCCAGCCCACCUCGAACCCCAGCCCACCUCGAACCCCAGCCCACCUCGAACCCCAGCCCACCUAAAACCCCAGCCCACCUCAAACCCCAGCCCACCUCGAACCCCAGCCCACCUCGAACCCCAGCCCACCUCGAACCCCAGCCCACCUCGAAAGGAAGACCAACCCCCCACCUUCCUUGUCGGAGCUCACUGA